UGCUCUUAUCAAAAUGAUCUAGAGGUGACAACUUCACUCCUCUGACCUCUAAUUUUUUCAGCCCUUGCCCUUGGAGAUUUUUCACUCGAUAGUUGAGAAGAUGUCUGAAUACAAGCUUUAUUACUUUAAUGGCAAAGGCAGAGCUGAAGCAAUUAGGCUUCUUUUUGCCUACAAGGGAAUCAAGUAUGAAGACAUACGUUUACAAGGAGAGAAGUGGACUGAAUUCAAGCCCCAGACACCAUUUGGAUCUAUGCCAGUCCUUGAAGAGGGAGGAAAGAAGUUAGCAGGGAGUCUUGUUGUAUUGCGUUACUUGGGUGAGAAGUUUGGUCUUGCUGGUAGCAAUGCAUGGGAGAAUGCUCAAAUUGCGAGCAUAUCUGAUUUCACGAAUGAUUUCUUGACAGAAGCUAUUAAGCUACAUUUUGAGAAAGACGAGACAAAAAAAGCAGAGUUGCAAAAGAGAAUGCAGGAGGAGUUGGUCCCCAAGUAUCUUGGAAAGCUCAAUGAGCUCGCAACCGAUGGCUACCUGUUUGGUAACAGCUUCACUUGGGUUGAUUUCCAGCUUUUUCAUAUGUUUCAAGGUAUGGACGAGAAGUUUCCAGGAGUCAAAGGCAUGUUCCCAAAUUUGGACAAGCUUAAGGCAAACGUGGAGGCCAACGAAAAUGUUGCAAAGUGGUUGAAGGAACGACCCGAGACACCAUUUUAACUUGUUAAACUAUCUAUUUUAGUUCUGUACUCUUAGAUAGAUCUAUUAGAAUGAUCUUUUUUAAAAUUAA